AUGCUCGUGCGCCUGGUGCCACCGCUGCAGCUGCUGCUUCUGCUGCUACAGCCGCCGCCGCCCGUGCGCGCUCGGAAAUCCCGGGCGCAGGAUGUGAGCUUGGGCGUGGACUGGCUGACGCGCUACGGGUACCUGCCUCCGCCCGACCCGGCCCAGGCUCAGCUGCAGAGUCUGGCCAAGCUACAAGACGCCCUAAAAGUGAUGCAGAGAUUUGCGGGGCUGCCCGAGACCGGCAUUCUAGAUGCAGAGACGAUGGUGGCCAUGCGCAAACCUCGCUGCUCCCUGCCCGACGUGCUGGGUGUGGCUGGGCUGGUCCGACGGCGGCGCCGCUAUGCCCUGAGCGGCAGCGUGUGGAAAAAGCGAACCCUGACAUGGAGGGUGUCCUCCUUUCCGGUGGGCUCCACCCUGAGCCCCGACACCGUGCGUAUCCUCAUGCAUCAUGCCUUGACUGCCUGGCGCGUAGAGUCGAACCUCGACUUCCAGGAGGUGCCUCCUCAGGAUCCCCGGGAGGCUGACAUCCGCAUCAGCUUCUCUAAGGCCUACCAUGAGGACACCUACCCCUUCGACGGACCAGGGGGCACCCUCGCCCACGCCUUCUUUCCCGGGGAACACCCCAUCUCAGGGGACACUCACUUUGACGAUGAAGAGACCUGGACUUAUGGGUCAAAAGAUGGCGAUGCAGGGACCGACCUGUUCACGGUGGCAGUACAUGAGUUUGGCCACGCACUGGGCCUGGGCCAUUCAUCGGCUCCUGACUCCAUCAUGAGGCCCUUUUAUCAGGGUCCCGUGGGAGAUCCCUCGAGCUUCCGCCUGUCCCGGGAUGACCGCGAAGGCCUGCAGCAGCUCUACGGGAGAGCAUCCCAAACCCCAGAUGACAGACCCACCAUGAAGCCUCUGCCCCGGCCUCCCCCGCCCCCGGUGCUGCCCCCCAACAGCCCCGGGAUGCCGGAUCGCUGCACUGGGAACUUCGACGCCAUAGCCAACAUCCGCGGGGAGAUCUUCUUCUUCAAGGGGCCCUGGUUCUGGCGUGUCCAGCCUUCGGGACAGCUGGUGUCCCCAAGGCCCGCGAGGCUGCACCGCUUCUGGGAAGGGCUGCCAGCGACUGUGCAAGAGGUGCAGGCGGCAUAUGCCCGCCACCCCGACGGCAGGAUCCUGCUCUUUAGUGGCCUGUACUUCUGGGUGUUCCAGGACCGGCAGCUGGAGGGUGCCCCGCGGCCCCUCACCGAGCUGGGGUUGCCGUCCGGGGAGCCGGUGGAUGCCGUGUUCUCCUGGCCCCUCAAUGGCAAGACCUACCUGGUCCGCCAGCAGCGCUACUGGCGCUACGAUGAGGCCGCAGCCCGCCCUGACCCCAGUUAUCCGAAGGAUCUGGUCCUCUGGGAAGGGGCGCCCAGCUCCCCCGACGACGUCAUGGUCGACAACGCAGGUGACACCUACUUCUUCAAGGGUACCCACUACUGGCGCUUCCCCAAGGGCAGCGUCAAGGCCGACCCUGACUCCCCGAAGCCUAUGGGCCCCAAGUGGCUGGACUGCCCAGCGCCCAGCAGCCCCUCGGUGACCAGGACCACCCCUCAGACUGGUCAUUGCCACUGUCGCUGCGACAUCAGUAGGGGCACAGCACAGCUGACCCCCGGGCUGGCCCUGCUGCUGGCCCCGCUGCUGCUGGGCCUGGGUUUCGGCUUGGGGGACGCCAUGUCCAGCUGA